AUGCAUAACCAUCAGCACAUCAGUUCUCGUAAACUCUACCAUUCGGAAGGCUUCAACAAUGGUAAAGUCGUAAUCAUCACCGGCGGAGCAAGCGGGAUUGGAGCUGAGUCCGUCAAGUUAUUCACGAACCACGGCGCUCACGUCGUUAUAGUUGAUGUACAAGACAAGCUCGGUCAAGAACUUGCCGUUUCCAUAGGAGAAGACAAGGCGAGUUACUAUCAUUGCGAUGUCACAAACGAGACGGAAGUAGAAAACGCCGUUAAGUUCACCGUCGACAAACACGGAAAGCUUGACGUUCUGUUUAGUAACGCCGGCGUUAUAGAGCCGUUCGUAAGCAUUCUCGACCUAAAUCUUGACGUGUUAGAUCGAACAAUCUCCGUUAAUCUCCGUGGCGCAGCCGCAUUUAUGAAACACGCGGCACGUGCCAUGGUGGAGAAAGGCACGCGUGGCUCCAUCAUUUGCACCACCAGCGUCGCCGCUGAGAUAGCCGGGACGGCACCACACGGAUAUACGGCUUCGAAGCAUGGUUUAUUAGGGUUGAUCAAGUCAGCUUCUGGUGGACUGGGGAAAUACGGGAUAAGAGUAAACGGUGUUGCUCCGUUUGGGGUGGCCACGCCGUUAGUUUGUAACAGUUUCAAGAUAGAGCCUAACGUGGUGGAGGAAAACACGUUAGCGUCGGCAAAUCUAAAGGGCAUUGUGUUGAAAGCUAGCCAUGUGGCAGAGGCUGCUCUGUUUCUAGCAUCGGAUGAGUCGGCUUACGUAAGCGGACAGAACCUGGCUGUUGACGGCGGUUACACGGUGGUUAAGUCGUAGCUUACAACUUGGGCACAUGAUGAUGAGUUUUUAUUUUUAUUAAAUUGCUUUUUAAAAAUUAUUGGGUCAAAAGUUGACUUGGAUACAUGGGGAUUGAGUAGUUUCUGAGGUAGCAAGUUGCCUUGAAACGUGGGAUGUUGCAUUUUUAUAUGGUAACAUGCAUCCAUGAUCCCAUUAUCCAACCUAUUGCAGAUCUCGAGGAUAAUAAACUAAACAACUAUUUUUACAAGGUUGAUUGUUUGAUCAGAUGAUGGACCUUCUCAUUCCGCUUUAUAUUUAUCAGUAGUAGUAUGUGUUUUCAUAUACUUGAUAGCUCUAGCUCUUUUUAGUUAACAAAUUCUGUAACCAUUGAUACUUC